AUGGACGCUGUGAAUCCAGCCGACAAUUAUUCUCCACUCUCUCUCAAGACGUGGGUUAAGCAUGAUGAGCAUGCAAAAACUGAGCAUUUAUCAUGGGAGACAUUCUUUUGCGACGUGGAAGAUUGGCAAGAGGCGGAUCAUGAGUGGGACAAUGAGGCAAUAGAUGAUUUGUACAAAGUUGAACUGCCAAAAUGGUUGCCUGAUGAGAAUCUGCAACAUUGCUAUGUGGUGAAAGAUUCAAAGUUGAUGGACAGGGAAAAUUGGUGGCUGCAUCUCUUCACUGAGUUUGCAUUCUACACGAAAUGGUCUAAAUUGUUGGCACUGGACGCUAUUGCGGAAUGCCUGCCAUUGGAGACUCAGAAGGUGGUUGUGGAAACUCGAGGAGAAGCUGAAACAGAGCCGCGUGAGAAGCUCAAAGCGGCAAAUGCAAUCUUGUACAUAAGUUUUGAAUGUGGAAAUGAUCCAAUCACAGGCAAUGUGGCUAAUUACAGAGCCAUUGUACGAAAGACAAUGGAUGGGAAACAAGGACACAUGCGCCUCGAGGUUAGGUGCUGGAGCAUCUAA